AUGGCCACAGACUCCCCCCCAGAGAAGAUGCUGAGGGCGGGUAGAGACACUGACCGGUCCCGAGGUAAAGCUCCCGCCGCUGCUUCUGCUUCUCCGGUUCUCCCAGGCCCCAGUGGCACCUCCGCGGCCGGCCGGGCGCCUCGGGGCCUCAGAGUUGAAACGAUGGCAGCAGCCGAGGCCAUCUCCAUGACUGGUGGACAGCUAGGGCUGUUUUCUGUGCCUGGGAAUCAGCAUUUCGACCCUGAGGGUGGCCGUGGCCCAAACAUUGAACUUGGACGUCUCAGGCCCAAGGUGAGAAGCCAGAGAGAGGUAGGCCAAACCCCAGAAGGCGGGAAAGGUGGCGAAGGUGGCAAAGGCGGUGGCGACGGGCCCCAGGCUCAAACAAAGAGUAGUAGAAAGAGGAAGCAGCCCAACCAAAACCUAACUACCGAAUGUGCAGGUGGGCUUCAGCUUCCAGAAGCUCUAGAGUUGCCGGGUACACCCCGGCCACCAUCUUCUCUGAGCUCUCAGCCUGGCAGGAGCCACCGUUUUGACUUUUCAACGGGGAACCUAGAAUCCCUAGGGCCUACCCUCCGGAGCAGCACCGUGCUGCACUCCGUGUCUACUCCAGCCCCUGAGGCCCCGAGCCAAGCCGUUCCGACUGUUUCUGGCCCUCACAGCCGUGCACCCAAGGCCAGAUGUGAUGGGCGUGAACACUCCACCCCUGUUGGCCAGGAACUCGGUCAACAGGCCCUUCUGCCGGUUCCUGAUGAAGGCAGGGUUCUCCGCUCACAAGUCGUAAUAUCUGGUGGUCAUAGUAGUACAUCUGAGGUCAGCCCCGAAGUGGUAGUCCACCCCGAAGCCCUGAACAUCCACUGGAAUUUACGCCCUCGGGCCACUCCGCGAGUUCCUGCUUCUCACAGCUACACCCCAGGGUCCAGUUCUGAUAGAGGCAGCCUUGAAACACGGCGCAGAAGCAGACGCAUUGCAUCCAGUGUCGGCUCUGACAACCAACAAAGCCUUUCAAUAAAGAUGGAUCCAGAAUCAGAGCCAGAAUCACAGCCAGAAUCAGAGCUGGAGGAAGAGGAAGAUACAGAAGCUGGCCCUAGCAGCCAGCCACAAGCAAGCCCUUCCACCUUUAGGCAUGCAGUUCCAAGGAGAUCCUUGCUAGCAACCAGAGGCUCUCCUCCAAGGCGCCCAGUGCGUAUGCGGGCUUCUUCCCCUUCUCCUCCUUGUAGGUACUAUGCUUUCCCUGGGCAGUAUAAUAAAGGUGCCAGUUCUUCCUCCUCAUCCUCCAACGAGGAUGUCCCCUGUGUUUCAGGUCCCCCUUCUUUACUUAAUAAAUCACCAGAACGGGGCUCCCCAUCUUCAUUAGGUGAUUUAAGAUCUGUCUCUGGUCCUAAUCCUGGUGCUCUUUGUCAUGCCUUGAUACCUGACCUGGAUAACCUUGAUUCUUCCUCUUCUGGAGAGUCAGAGGAAGAAAUAGAGAUUGCCCCUCACUCUCCUGCAUAG